CAAUAACUCCGUACUUACUAUGAACUGACCAUGUCGCGCAUAAGUUCUACAGCCCAGCCAAGGGCACUCACCCUCACCGAAGAGCUAGAGAAACUCGAACAAUCCAUCACGCUGACACUGCAAGAGAUCGACCACAACUUCAGUCGCGCCCACCGAAUAGUCACAUCAAGUAUCCUGCCCAUCGUCGAGCAAUAUGCCACCCACUCGAAGGACGUUUGGGAAGGAUCGAGGGUGAGAAACGUGAUGCCCCGAAACUGGGAGGACAGGGUACUGAGAUGACACAGUUCUGGAAGCAAUUCUUCGAGUCCAGCGCCAAUGUCUCUCUUUCAGGAUACGAGGAGCGACCGUCACAAUUCGAGACGACGGAGGAGGAAAUAACAGACAACACCGUCACCGAAGAGUCCAACGCCACGACCCACACGACACUCGAAACGUCGGAAUCGUACGAGACGCCAGCGGCACAGCACAUCUCGACGGACUCGAUACAGGAUCUUGACCUGUCCAAUUUGACCAUGUCACCGUCUCACAGUACACCACGACCACCGCGACCUCAACAACCCAACUUUGCCGACUACCCCUCCCCCUAUGAAGCGCUACGUCGAGAAGUGAACAGCACCACGGUCGUCGAUGCCACCUCGUUGACCCAAACCGCAAUGCCCGAAACCCCUGGACGACCGGUGUUUCCGAUCGAUUCUAUCGCACGCACCCCCGAAUCCUCACCAUACCUCCCCCCACAGCCGACUUCUAUACCUCGCCCUUCGACGGCUCGGAAGAAGACCGAUCCGGUCCUCCAUCACGUUUUAGACCGGACCUAUCGUGUGCAAGCCACUCCGAUGACCGCGAGCCGAUAUACAAAUGUCCAACCCAAGUCUGCGGCACGAUUGUUCACGACAACAGGACGCCAGAACACAAAUGUAGACCCUACGCUGUCAUCUAGUCCUGUAGCUCCACCCGAAUUACAUCCGGAAAUUUUCUCGUCUCCGGAGCGCAAGGCUCGAAUCCCGGGAGUCAGUGUGCUGAGUCCAUCUAAGCACAAGGGCGAAAAACCGAGCGCCCCUGCUCGUACGCGCGGCAUAUGGGACAGUGAUGACGAUGAUCUGGACGACGAAAUCGAUUUCGGCCAAAGCCCCCCAAAGACCAUGCAGUUUCAUGUUCCUCAGAACCGUCUCCUGAAGACACCAGCUAAGGAAGCCUCGCAACGUAUAGUGGAUGAUAUUCUUACCCGAGCUGGGAUGGAUUUUGAAGAUGAAGAGAUCGACUUUUCCCGCGAACUUGAGACCGAGGCACUUGAUGUUGGUGUGGCCAGUCCUAGUGUGGUACGCGCAGCUGCCAAUAUCGAGGACGAGACGUUCUAGAUCAACCGCACAGCUGCUGGUCAGAUUGCUAUUUCUGUGCGAUUUGGCUCUCGUCGUGCAAAGCGUGCGCAUAGCGAUGUGUAUAACCAAUCUAAGCCAUGCGAAUGUCUAAGAGGCUAGUCAUCACGUUUUGCUGGCAGAUAGACGCUCGUCCUCGUCCGAG